UUCGGAAGAAAGCAUCUCUCCUGUUUAGCUCCUCACUGCGGCCUACAGGUUUCUGCCUGCUCUGGCCCCAGCCCACCUGUCCGCUUGACCCCACCCGGCCAGGAGUUCAUCAACAGGCUCAAAACUCCUAUCCCAGCCACAGCCGUGAUUGUGACCGUGACCAUCGAGCGGACAGCCUUGUCAGGUGGUAAAUGAUCCGUCACCAGGAGAGUCCAAGCGGGGAUGCCAUGGAGGAAAGAUCAUACGUAGAGUUUGAGGACCCUCCCAGGAAGCGAUGCUGCAGGCGGGGGACACAGCUCAUACUUUUGGGGCUGGUGACUGCCUCGAUAUGGGCCGUGCUGCUGACCCUGCUUAUAUUGUGGCGCUGGGACACUGCACAGAGCCUGAAACAGCUGGAACAAUCUGCCUUGCGGAAUGUGUCUCAAGUUUCCAAGGACUUGGAAAGACACAAGAGUGACCAAAUGGCCCAGAAAACCCAGGCUGCCCAAAUGCUGAAGAACAUAGAGAACGUCGAAGCUGAACAGAAGGGCAUGAAGUUUCAUGAGUCUGAGCUCUCCCGGUACCUGGAAGGACUUGGAGCAGAUCUGAGCAACCUCAAAUCCAAGAGCUUGAACGAGAGGCGUGCAGACUCAGACUCACUGGAGAGACUCCAGGAGGAGGUGGCAAAGCUGUGGAUGGAGCUGAAGAUGUUGAAUGGUUCCACGUGCAACACUUGCCCUGAGAAGUGGAUCAAUUUCCAGAGGAAGUGCUACUACUUUGGUGACAGCGCCCAGAUGUGGCUCCAGGCCAAGUACACCUGUGAAGACUUGCACGGGCGACUGGUCAGCAUCCACAGCUCGGAGGAGCAGGAGUUCCUGAGAAGACACAUCCACAGGAAGGACUCCUGGAUUGGCCUUCAGGACCUGGACAUAGAGGGCGAGUUUAUCUGGUCGGACGGGAGCCCUAUGGACUACAGCAACUGGCGGCCAGGGGAGCCUAAUGACCAGGACCAGGGCGAGAACUGCGUGAUGAUACUCGGCUCCUCAGGGCAGUGGAACGACGCCUUCUGCCGCAGCCAGCUGGAAGGCUGGGUGUGUGAGCAGCUGGCCACGUGCUGACUGCCUGUGCCUGCAGCCUCCCAGAACCAUUCGGAUCUGCCCCAGGACGUUAACCCUGACAGCCCACUGCCCGUCCGGGGGCACCGCCCUGCACCCUUCCUCCAUCUUGCCUCUUUUGCAUCUGCCUGUGAAAACAGCCAGGCACAGAGCAGGACCCUGAGGAUCCCAACCAAGACCUGAACACCUCUAUGGUGGCUGGAGGGCCCUGGUGACAUUUCCUACCACUCAGUCUGGCUUCAGGCAGCUGACCCUUCCCAUCAACACCUCAUUUAGCUGUGCCUGCCCAAAAUACAUAUUAAAGUCCUGUACCUGUAGAUGUGA